AUGGCUUCAGACGAAAUUGUCUGGCAGGUUAUUAACCAGCAAUUCUGUGCCUUCAAGCUCAAAACCACAAAAGGUCAGAACUUCUGCCGCAAUGAAUACAACGUCACCGGAUUGUGCAACCGCCAAAGCUGCCCAUUGGCAAACUCUCGCUAUGCCACUGUUCGCUCGGAUCCUGAAACAGGAGCCAUGUACCUCUACAUGAAGACCAUUGAACGCUCGCACAUGCCCAGCAAAUGGUGGGAAAAGAUAAAGCUGUCAUCCAACUACACCAAAGCUCUGGCCCAGGUCGAUGAGCGAUUGAUAUACUGGCCUAAAUUCCUCAUACACAAAUGCAAACAACGCCUCACGCGGUUGACGCAGGUCAAUAUUAGGAUGAAGAAGCUUAUCAAAGAAGAGGAGCGUUUAGGUGAAAGGGUCGUGCCGAAGUUGGCGCCGAAGAUUAGGAGACGCGAGGAGACGAGAGAGCGGAAAGCGGAGGCUGCUGCUAAGGUUGAGAGAGCUAUUGAGCGUGAACUUAUUGAGCGUCUUCGCAGUGGUGCAUAUGGUGAUAGACCGCUCAAUGUUGAGGAAGGGAUUUGGAAGAAGGUGCUUCGUGGAUUGGAGAGGCAGGGKGAGGGUGAGAGAGAUGAGGAUCUUGAUGAGGGCGAGCAGUGGGAUGAGGAGGACGAGGAAGAGGAGGGUGUUGGUGAAGUUGAGUAUGUCAGUGAUUUGGACGAAGAUGAGGAGGAUCUUGAGGAUAUUGAGGAGUGGCUUGGAGGAGAUUCUGCCGAUUCCAGCGAUGAUUACGAUGACGAGGAUGAGGACGAGGAUAGCGAUGACGAUGAAGGCAGUGAUGAGUCAGCUGCUGAGGACAAGAAGAAGCCUGCUACCGGCGACAAGCGCAAGCGUGCCGCACCACCUCCCAAGCCUCGCAAGAAGGGCGCUCGUGUUGAGAUUGAGUACGAGACUGAAGGUCCUGCGAAGGAAAGCGUUCUGGCAUAA